AUGAUGCAUAUCAAAAGCCUGCCCCAUGCCCAUGCCGCUGCUACGGCGAUGAGCAGUAACUGCGACAUCGUCAUAGUGGCCGCCCAGCCCCAAACCACCAUAGCAAACAGUAAUAACAAUGAGACGGUCACCCAGGCCACGCAUCCAGCUCACAUGGCGGCGGUCCAACAGCAGCAACAACAACAACAACAGCAGCAGCAGCAGCAGCAACAGCAACAUCAUCAGCAGCAGCAACAGCAGUCGAGCGGACCACCCUCUGUGCCACCGCCACCCACGGAAAUCCCCUUGCCCUUCCAGAUGCACUUAAGCGGGAUCUCGGCGGAGGCGCAUAGUGCCGCCCAAGCAGCGGCCAUGGCAGCUGCCCAGGCUGCAGCAGCUCAAGCUGCUGCGGCGGAGCAACAACAACCGCCGCCACCGCCUCCACAUCUGACUCACCUGACCACGCAUAGUCCAACAACGAUUCAUAGUGAGCAUUAUCUAGCCAAUGGACAUAGCGAGCAUCCCGGUGAGGGCAACGCUACCGGAGGCGGAGGGGGAGCUGUCCGCGAGCCGGAGAAACCCUUCCACUGCACCGUCUGUGAUCGUCGCUUCCGGCAGCUAAGCACACUGACCAACCACGUAAAGAUCCAUACUGGCGAGAAGCCCUACAAAUGCAACGUUUGUGAUAAGACCUUCCGUCAAUCGUCGACGCUGACGAACCAUCUGAAGAUCCAUACGGGCGAGAAGCCUUAUAACUGCAACUAUUGUCCGAAGCAUUUUCGACAGCUGAGCACUCUGGCCAACCAUGUGAAGAUCCACACGGGUGAAAAGCCUUUUGAGUGCGUCAUCUGCAAGAAGCAGUUCCGACAGUCCAGCACGCUCAACAACCACAUAAAGAUCCAUGUCAUGGACAAAGUCUACGUUCCUGUUAAGAUCAAAACAGAGGAGGAGGAGGGGUGACUAGGACGAAUGCCGUUGGCGGCACACCACCAUCAGCACCAGCAGCAGCAACACCAGCACCACCAUCAACAGCAGCAGCAUCAGCACCACCCUCCGUCCCAGCAGCAGCAGCAUAUCGACCAGCGAGGAGUCACCAUCACCACGUUGCCCUCCGCCACAACAGUGGCCCAGCAUCACCAGCAUAUUCAGGAUGGCUCGCCGCACCAUCAUUUUAAUGUGGCCGCUAUAGGUGAUUUAUCCAGCGCUAUGCAAUUGGGCGCUGUGACGGCGGACGGGAGCUUUGUGACCAUGGGCGGCGUUGUGGUGGGCCGCAUCCAGCACACACGCGAGGAACUGCAGCAGCUUGGGGUGAUCAAGGUGGAAUCACCAUCGAAUGGUGGUACAGCCACUACGUCAGCGGCGGCGGAAACGCAACGCGAGGGAUGAGUCGAUGAGCUGCUCCUCGAGUAUAUGCUCAAGGAGGAGAAUGUAGAUGACGAGAAUGAACAGGAGCUGGAGUCGGAAGUGGAAGCGGAAGCGGAUGUAGUGGAAAUUCAGGAGCAUAAAGAGGAGCAGCGAUCGAGCCAGAAGUGAGCCAUGUUUGGUGUGUACGCUUACGUUGUUGUUAGUUGUUUAAUUGUAGCGAACAUUGUUGUUGUUGUUAAGGUUUAAAUGUGUGACUAAGAACUUACCAAGAUGAAUGUAUAGCAAACGCUUCAAAAGUAGCUAAACGAAAGGCGCCAACACCAGCACCCAGAGCUCCCAAACCGUUAACAAAAAAAAAAGAAAUACUAAAAUAAUAGUAAAGCUAAACAAAAAACAGAUGAAAGACCUUAGCACAGAGUUGUCUCUAUAGCAGCGCACCCCAUCUCACAUUUACCACCCUCUCAGCCCCGGAAAUAGAUUAAACCACUCUCUACUCAAUUAAAUAAUUCUAACCCUAACUAGAGUGAAAAUAAUUUGCUAAUAGUAAAAGUAAACUAAACCCGUAAAAAGCAAAAAGUCAUUGCGUGUAAGAAAAACUUAACUAAAAUGCUUCCCGAAGUGCGAACCUGUUUCAGAUUUUAAAUUUGUCGAUCCGACUCACUUUUAAAUUGUUUAAUUUAGCAUUUAAAGUUAAAAAAAAUUGUUGCACAACUCAAAGUUGGCAACGUUUUUUCGCCAUCUUGCAAGGGCGUGUUUUGGUCUGGGCUAACACAAAUACAAUUUGUUUAUAAAAUUAAUAGCUUAAUUAUUUAACUCCGUAAACUUAUCAGCAAAACUUAAACAAAAAUAUCCUGAACAGAAUACGGCAAACAAAAAAAUUCUAAUAGUGUUAAGUGGUCGAAACUAUCUAAUUAGCUCUUAGUCCCUAGAGAGCCAUAGUUUUAAAAUCAGCGUUUUGUUAAUUUUAAUUGAUUAGUCUUAGUAGUUUUAAUUUCAGCAUUGGCAUAAUUUGGAAACACAAAAGCUGUCACGAUGGCCUUCGCUUAAAUAUUAGUUAAUGAAGUAAACACAAAGUAACGCUAAUUAAUUCAUAACUAAUUACGAUUGUGAAAUAGGAAAGCAACAAGUUCUGUACAAAGCCCAACUCCAAUUUGUAUGUAUAAAGCGAAAGCAGCGGCGUUAAGGAGAGAGUUUAACUAAAUUGUAAACGAAAACCUUUUUAAAAGAGAAAAUAAUAUUUUCUAAAAAUACAACAUGUGACUUUUUAUGUUACCCCUUUAUUUUAUGUAACCCUUGGUUUCCUCCCAGCUUGAUUGUCCUUUCCUUUUGUUUUCAAACCCCGGUCACCUUUAAUACCUUUAAAAACUGCAGCAAGGGUCAAACAGAAAAGGCUCCUGUAUCAAGUUCCUAUAGAUUUCAAAGCGCAACAAAACUGGAAGUCCCCAAAUGUAUACGAAUCAAUUGCAAGCCGGGAAGUGGAGAUACAUUUAAAGAAACCUAGCCUAUAUGGAAUGAAUAUUAAAUAAAUGUUGAUAAAUGUGUAGUGUUAACAAAUACAAAUACAAAACAAGACAGCAGAAACGAAAAACAAAUCCCAACCUAGCAGAGUAUGAAUCCGCUUGAAUCCGUACUAUGACUUUCGAAGCCCUGAAUGCAGAUCGUCACUAGGAUCUAAGACCCCUAGAGAAUUAGAUAGGUCGCUUUAACAUGAAAGCCUAAUACUGAAUGCAGAUGCAGUUCGGAUUGUGGCAUUUUCAAAAUCUGAGCUCUGCACCCAGCUUCUCUAACCCUCCCCAGCGUAUGCAUAAACUUUACAUAUAAGUGAAGUAGUGAGAUUAGCAUUUAAGACCAUAAUUUAAUGAUAGUUGAGUGUGUAAAAUGUAAAACUGCAAAGAAUUUAGACAUACAAUGAACAAAGACAAGAAUCGUUAGGCAAAUCGAGGUGGCAGAAGGAUGAGGAACUGCAAAAAAACCAACAAGCAAAAGGCUUAAAAACAAAUCGCGAUAAUAUUGUAUAAUUAUACACAUAUAUAUUUAUUAAUGUAUGUAUGUACAUGCGCAGUAGCUGUAUUUAUAUGUAAAUGUGUACGUAAUUGUGUAUUUAGUUACAGCAUAAAUAUAUAUUUGCAACGGAGAAAUACAGAAACGGAAAUUAUAACAAAUGGCAAAUGAA